AUGGUGUAUAAACUUUUCCUGAUUCUGCUCCUAUUGCAAGUGCAUGGAGCAACUGGUAAAGGAAGCAGCUGCUUCUGGGAUCUUUUUGGCAGGUGCUUUCCCUGCUUAAAAGCAACUGAAUGUGAGGAUGAAAACUACAAAAAACGUGUAGACUUUUGCCAGAAGUUUUGCACUUGGGAAAUUAGGAAAUGGUCGAAAUGCAUGAAAAAGUGCAUUAAAAAACAUAGACACUUCAAUUUCAAUGAUGGAGCCACACCCAAACCAAUACCGGGUCCACCACGCAAAUCUCACUUUUCAUAUCCUAGAAAAUAA